UAGCAAAAAAAUAAUAAAAAUGAAGAAUCCUGAUAUUACUCUUUAUACUACCGGAGGUCAAAAUGGGGGAAAACCUAGUAUCAUUCUUGAAGAAUUAGGAAUUCCUUAUAAAGUAAAAAAUAUUGAAUUGAGAAAGAAUGAACAAUUUGAACCUUGGUUUUUAAAAAUUAAUCCGAAUGGGAAAAUUCCUGCUAUUGUUGAUCAUAGUAAAGAUGAUUUUCCUGUAUUUGAAAGUACCGCAAUUGCGAUUUAUCUUUGUGAAAAUUAUGAUACUGAAGAAAAAUUAUUACCAAAGAAUGAUCCUAAAUUGAGAAGUCAAGUUAUUCAAUGGGUUAUUUUCGAAGCGUCAGGAAUUGGACCUGCGCAAGGACAAUCCAACUUUUAUUGUAGAUUUAACUCAGAAAAAAUUCCAUUCGCCAUUAAUAAAUGUGCCAAUGAAAUCAAAAGACUUUACGGAGUUUUGAAUAAAUCAUUGGAAGGAAAAGAGUAUUUAGUAGGAAAUAAAUUUACAUUAGCGGAUGCCAUGAGUUAUCCUAUGGUCAGAGGGCAUUUUUUUUCUGGAGUAGAAAGUAUUGAUGAAUUUCCAAAUUUAAAAGCUUGGAUUGAACGUAUUGAUGCAAGACCAGCAACUCAAAAAGGGUUAAAUGUACCAGUUCCUGAUAAAAUGAAAGAAUAUCGGGAAAAUCCAGAAAAAUUGGAAGAAUUUGAAAAAUUAAUGCAAAGUUAUUUCAAAGAUCGACUUAAAAUUUGAUAACAAUCACGCAUGACCAAUGAAUUCAAUUUAUUGUAUACUUUAUCAUAAAUAAAAUAAAGUUUUGUUAUUUCAAAAGAUUUGAAUUUUGUAAUAAGUUUAAUAAAUGUUAAACAAUAUAAGUGACGAUAGUGAUGCAAAAAUCAUUUAAUAAAAAAAAAUUAAAUGAUACAAAUAAAAUUUAUUAAUAAUUAAUUAUAAGGAUAAGCAUUAAAUUUAAGGAAAUAAUAAUGGA